AGCUAGCCUUACAGCGACUAAUUCCCUCACUUGCCUCGCUGCCACUGUUAAACCCUGCGACUCUCUCUCUCUCUCUCUCUGAGUUUGCAAGUUAGGGCAUGAAGAAUCUCUAUCCUAAAGGGAAGGGAAGGAUCCACCCAUCGCCUUCGGUCACGGCGUCCAAUCUACGCAGCGAGGCGCUUGCGGUGCUGCGGAUUCUUCCUGCGGCGAUUUUAGCGCUCACCGCGGCGCUAGGGAACGACGACAAGGAGGUCCUCGCAUAUCUUAUCAUGAGAUCAAUAGGCGGGUUAGAAGAAGCGACGGAGCAACGGCGUUGUGGGAAGCCAGGCGAACUCCACACUCGCCUUUUCGGCUGCGGUUGUUUUGACUGCUACACAAGCUUCUGGUCGCGGUGGGAUUGUUCCCCUGACCGGGAGCUGAUUCAUCAAGCCAUCGAAGCGUUUGAAGACCAUCUCGCCACCUCGGAGGGCACUGGCGCUACCUUGAAGGGGAAGCGGAGGGAGCGCAGAGUGAGCGAUCCCUCUCAAAAGGGGAAAAAAAAGGGAAAGGAUAAAGAAAAGGUUAGCGAUGAGAUUUCUGCUAUAGCAAUCAUCGAAGACAAAAGCCAGAAGUCUGCCGCGGAAGAGACAGGAGAAGCGUUCGCUGAAGAGGUCGAGAUGGGCGAUCGGGGGGAAGUUUUCGAACCUGCGGCUAGUGAGGGAGUUCCAGAAAUACUCGCCGCCCAGACGUUGUCCGGCGGUGGCGGCGACCGGCGUAAAGGUUGGGCGGACGUGACGGCAAUUUUUAAUUCUCGUUUAUGGAGUCUUUGGAGUCCGGGUGACUGAAAAGAUAAUAAAAAUCAGAGAACAUGAAUUUUAAAAUAUUCGGUGUUAUUUCAAAUCGCUGCAGAGUGAAAAUGUGCCAUUUGGUCUCCAUUUUCCUUAUCCGUUUUGUUCGUUGUAGAUUUUCUUUGAUGCUGUUUUUGUGAUGGUUUUGGCGCUGUUAAGCUUUGGCUUGGUUGCGCUGUAGGAUAUGAGAUAUGAAUGGUAUAUUGGCACUGAUAAAUUCGAAGUUAUGUAAUUGUUUCUUUUCCCUUGGUUUAUUCCUUAGUUAGUAGGCAAGAUAUAUAAAGAGGAAUGGUUUUUAUUUUU